GGCAGACGGAGAUCCUGCUUUCCCAGUCCGUUCAAAAGCCUUUGCCAUCCCCUCAUCUUCAUCUUGACAUCUCCACCCCUUCAUCCAUACCAGAGGAAUGACGCCGACUCUCUGCCUCCUCCUCGUCCUCCUUCCCCUGGUCUCGGCCCAGACCUAUCACUGGGGUCCCUGCCCCGACCCGAAGGUCCAGCCCAACUUCAACCUCCAGCAGUACCUGGGUAAAUGGUACGAGAUUGAGAAACUCCCCGCCUCCUUUGAGAGGGGCAAGUGUAUUGAGGCCAACUACGCCUUCAGGAGUGAUGGCACCAUCCGAGUGCUCAACUCCCAGUUUUAUAAAGAUAAAUUCAGGACAGUGGAGGGGACAGCUGUGGUUCAGGACCCCAGCCAGCCAGCCAAGCUCGGCGUCAGCUUCUCUUACUUCACUCCCUACAGCCCUUACUGGGUGAUGAGCACCGACUACACCAGUCUGGCGGUGGUGUACUCCUGCACGGACAUCCUCCGUCUCUUCCACGUGGACUACGCCUGGAUCCUCGGCCGCUCGCGGCGCCUGCCCCUGCAGACGGUGCAGUACGCCAAACGGCUCUUUGCGAAGGAAGGGAUCGACAUCUUCCGGAUGAAGGCCACCGACCAAACAGGCUGUAAGGAUUACUAGGGUUGCGAGAGUCGUACGAUUUACAUAUUACCCCCACCACCGCCCCCCCCCCAACAAGACAAGCCUUAGCACUAGGACCCCGUAGAAUUGGAUAUGAGAGGAGCGGAUGCAAAAUCAAAUACAGCUGCAAAAUUGUUUCUGGAAAAAUACUGCAGGUACAAUCUGACUAUCUAACCGUAGACCUCUGAAGAAGGUGCAGCGUCUGCGCUGGAAGGACGGCGGGUACAAGCAGGAAUGUCGCAGAAUAUUUAAGCUGAACAAAUAACCUUGAUUAAAAAAAAAUAAAAAAUCAGCAUCUGUUUUCGUGACCCUCCAUGCAACAGCCACAAUAUUCAGAGGUAUCGUUUCAAAUCCCAAUGUCCUCAUCCAAUGCUUGGCAGCGUUAUAGCCGAGUGAGACAACCCUGACCCGCUUAACUCCAUCCAGCCGGUUUAGUCUAGCCCACCUUAGUGCAACCACGUCCCUGUGUGCAACCUCCAUGCUGCACCUGAAGAGCGUAUAGUGUCUCCUGAGGUGAAUAUAAUAUGAAGUAUAAAGCUACUAGAAAAUCAAAUACCAGCUCCAGCCAGCACUUCAGCCACUCGGAAGUGCCAGUCAUCGUAUAUAAUCAAUAUAUAUCUCAUUUAUCUUUAUAUUGGGAGGGAGAAAUGACUCGUUGACUCCGGCGUACUUGUUGGAUGAUCUUAUGAUCGUGAUGAUGGGACGGGCCUGCUCUCAACGCAGGAAGCCUUUUGUAGUUGCUACCGGGAGUCAUGGAGAAUUUUGUGUAAAUUAAAAGCUGUG